CCUGUCACUCCUGUCAGUGGGCACUGGGCAUUGGUGGUGGGCAUCAACGACGACAAACGACAACGACGAUUGCGACGCGGACGGUACGUUUUUGACAGAACGGUUCUGUCCCAGAGGACUUCGUCGGAGUUCGAUUCAGGAUCCAGGACUCUCGUGUGGCAGUGGCACUCAUCUUUUCCCGUCGUAAAUCACAUAUUAGGCUGCGGAGCGAUAGACGAGCGACACGGGGAGGAAUCGCUUGCGCAGGUUAAACGCACGGCUGAUGCGUUCGUCUGGGGCGAGUCGCGGCUGACGGAUACGGAGAGAUGUCGUUCAAAGUCGGGCAACGCGUCGAGGUCCCCGUGAAGGAGUGCCAAGGCGUGAUCGCCUACGUCGGCCACCCGGCGUUCGCGUCCGGCAAAUGGAUCGGCGUGAUACUCGACGAGCCGAAGGGGAAAAACAACGGCAGCGUCAAGGGUCAGGUGUACUUCAAGUGUGCAGAGAAUCAUGGCAUGUUUGCGCGCCAGACCCAACUUAUUCUGUUGGACGAUUUUGGUAACAGGACCGAACCUGUCAGCCCAUCGUCCGCAGGCAGCAAUGCCACGACACCUGAUGACAGCGCCGCUAGAGCCAGGAGUCGAUUAAAUAGCAUUAGUAUGCGUCGGAGGAACGAACCUACAGCUGUACGGAGAAAAACAUCUCCUGCGAAUGUUACUCGCCAGCAAACUGACAAACUUUCUGGUUCUCGAUUAUCCUUAUCUGGAAGUAGAACAUUAUUAAGUGCCCCGAGUACAGAAAGCCUAACUGGAUCAUUGCACGAACGUAGAGACGGCGGCGAGUCAUUAAUCCCAGCACCAACUUCAACUUCAAAGCGUGCUUCAUUCGUUGAGAAGUCCCCUAGCACGAGCUCGCCUCCCGGCAAAAAGCCAAAGGCCCAAGAUGAUCAGAAUAAUACAGGUUUUGUAGAAACGUUGAAACCGCAAUUCGUACCCGGUCAGGUGAUGGCGGGUUCAGCAGCAGCUGCAAACUUGGUGGAAGAAAAAUUGUCGCACUUGCAACUUAUGCAAGAAAAUGAUAAUUUGAAAUCUCAGGUGCGUGAUCUUACCGAGAAAGUAGAAACGUUGCGUGUAAAACGAAUGCAAGACAAGGAAAGGAUGAAAGAUUUCGAGAAAACAAAACUUCAAGUUGAACAGCUUCUUGAAUUUAAGGCCAAAGUCAUGGAAAGUCAAGCAAGCCUUCAAAGAGAACUUCAACGAGCUCGGCAAGAAGCUAGAGAAGCUCACGCGGCGAGAGAACAGUAUCAGGAAGAAAUGUCUGAUCUGUCUGAGACAGUUGAAAUGGCUACAUUAGAUAAAGAAAUGGCGGAAGAGAAGGCCGAAACUCUUCAGAUCGAGCUGGACCAACUCAAGGAAAAAUUGGAGGAACAAACAUUGGAUCUAGAGAUAUUACGCACAGAAAUGUCUGAGCGGGCAGCCGGUGGUGGAGCGACUACGGGAGCUUCAAGCUACGAGGUGAAACAAUUGGAACAGCAAAAUAAUAGGUUGCGCGAUACGCUCGUCAAAAUGCGCGACUUAUCCGCGCACGAGAAACACGAGUUUCAAAAACUGCAAAAGGAUAUGGAUCAGAAAAAAUCUGAGAUUUUGGAAUUGGGUCGUACGAAAGAGAAGUUGUCGGCACGGGUCGAAGAAAUGGAACAUCAGAUAGCGGAUCUACAGGAACAGGUCGAUGCAGCAUUAGGAGCCGAAGAAAUGGUCGAGAUGCUAGGCGAGAGGAAAAUGGCAUUGGAAGAAAAAGUGGCUGAACUGGAAGAGGCUGUUGCAGAUUUGGAGGCUUUGCAAGAUAUGUCGGAUCAACUGGCCGAAUCAUCUAAAGAGCUAGAACUGGAACUUCGUGAAGAAUUGGAUCUCGCACUUGGGGCAGCGCGCGAUGCCCAACGACACCGGGACGCCGCUCUGGAGACGCUGGCAGAUCGCGAAUUAACCAUCACAAAGUUCCGCGAACUCACGCAUCAGUUGCAGGAACAAUGUUUGCAGUUGCAGCAACGAGUUCAGUCAACAGAGUCUACCAAGACUAACGUUCGAGGUGCGGACCAACAACUUGCGGAGAUAUUAGACUUCCAGAAAACGUUUGCUGAGACCCGAGCGCAAACCAAGGCGGUCGACCUCGAGCUGCGUCGUUUAGACGCCGAGGAGGCACGAAAUCAUGUGUGCUACUUGCUGUCCUUCAUGCCUCCCGUAUUUUUGACUCGCGGCGGAGAUCAUGAUGCGAUAUUGACUCUCUUAUUGAUACCGAGAAUGACGCAAAAAACGGAGAUAUUGAUUUCGCAAGUUCGGGAAAAGUACAGAUCGAUCGAAAAGAUAGACAGGACUUCUGUAGUGAGAGGUCACUCGGUAGCACAGUAUUCGUUCAGAUCUCGUCUGUGCUCGCAUAUGUACGCCUUACAAACCACCCUGGGGUGCUUCGAGUCGGCUUUAAACUCGUGCAACACGGAGAUGUUACUUAAAGCGGGAGCGGCUUAUCCGGAAAUGGCGGCGCAGGAAAAAUCCCUGGACUCGUUGAUUGAACUGGCUAAGAGAGAUCAGUUGGACGAGAAUUUGCCGAUGGACGCGAUUGAGAAGUGUUGCGGAUACUUCGCCACGAUGUUCUCCGUGCUCUUCGGCGAAAGUACGGCUGUCAAUCAGGCGCGCUUGAUUGUGAAUGGCACGAGAACUUUGGGCAAUACGUGCGAUGCCAUAGCUACCGAUGCCGCGGCGAUCAAAGUAUUGAUACAAGGAGAAAGUGGUGAUAUAGGUAAGCUUUGUCAACACGUCGAAACGACGUGCGAGGUGAUCCAGCAGCAUUUGAAAUCGGCUAGAAGGCGAGUACCGCGUGAUCACGCUGGUCCAGCAUUUUCCGUAGGCGCCAAUUUAGGAUUAGAUAAAGAUUCCAACGAACAAUUUUCGACAUGCUAUCAGCACGGCGUGAAGAUUAUGAAGACACUACAGUAUCUAUUGAAGAGUGCCUUACAGGCUAUUACCGAAAAUGGCGAUUUAGACACAGGGCUAGCGGCCGAUAAGUUGAAGGAAAUGGCUGCAACGUCCAGCGAGAGAGUAUACGAUACAGAAGACUUGGGCCCUGUGACCACUGUCAAGACUAGUUUAGCGGUGAUACAACAACUGGCGGCAAAUCUAGCGCAGAAGAUGGCCGAGUGCGAGAAUGAAUUAGCUAUAAGCGGACAGACACAAAGUCAGCAAUUAUCUAUGGAGCAUGAGCAAAUGACGCCAAUUGUGGCUAGAGCAAGUGCUGUGAGGAAGGAGUCGGAAGAAACAAAAAUACUCAGCAGAAAACUCGAAGCGAGGGAUAGUGAUAUACGCGAGGCGAGAUUAGCUUUGCGGGAGAAGCAGGAAGAAUUGUCCGAGAUGACACUGCGGAAGGAAUUGGCCGAGAAGCGUUUUGCGACGCAGCAGCAUGAACACGAAAUGAAUGUCGAUAAAUUAAAGAGAAAAUUAGAAGAGGCGCAAAAUCAACUAAAACGCAAGGAAAAGGAAUUCGAAGAAACAAUGGACCAUCUUCAAACCGAUAUCGACAGCCUAGAAACAGAGAAAGGACAAUUGAAGGAAAAGUUGAAGUCAAUUGGCAAAAAGACGAUAUCUGUGUCUGGCGCGGACAGCAUGACAGGAAGCACUUCGAUAACGAGCACUUUAGACAACAAAUAUUACGUACAAGAGAUAAACGCCCUCAAGCAAGCCUUGAAUAAUGAGCAUCAGCAAAAGAAGAAGAUAAUGUGCGCUGUCUUGCGUCAAAAGUUAGAUAGUUUGGAGCCGUUGCCAUCGCCGACGAAUCUUAAAUCUCUGGAUACGAAAAUUCAAGAAUUACGAAAGAAGACUACUGAUCUCGUCAAGGAUGUCGAGAAGACUCUGGUAUAUCCAACAGUUCCCGAUUUGAGGCGGAAAAUGCCCGAAACAUCAUAUCAUUAUUUACUGGAACGGCAAAGAAACAUCAUGCAACUGAAGGAACGAGUUGACGAGCUAGUGGCUCAGGUACGUCGUGAGGCUAUUAAACGUACGCCGGGUGGACGAGCGGAAGCGAAUUUCGCUGUGUAUCCGAAUCGCGAGAUGGCGGCGGCAAUGCAGGAACGUAAAUUACUUGCUGCCGAAAUAAAGAUCCCUUAUAACGGCCCAGAACAAUCAUUCUCCGUUAAUGUAGGACCGCAAGACCUUAGGAAAAUUCACACUCUGAUGUACUAUUAAGAGUCCGCGUUGUUUUAUUUUUUAUUAUUUAUUUCGUGACAAGGUAAUGUGAUCAUAGAAUCCUCAAACUAUACUGUGCAAGAGAGACUAUCUUUUUCUAAUAAUUUUUUCACGGUAGCAAUAUCUUGUACUACGUUGCCGUACCCUGUCGUGCUCCAUGAAAAUGAAGCGAGCUAAUUGUUACGAAUAACGCGGCAUUAACUUAGGCUUUUAUACAGAGAAUUUAUGUCAUAUCCUUGUAUCGAUGUAAGAAAAAAGGUACAGGACAGAUCUAGUAAUUCGUAAUUUGCACUUGUGCAUGUUUAUUUAUUUCCGAUGGGCUACAGUGCGAUGACCGGCGCAUCGCAGCUGGGAGGCUCUUUUUCAGUGUUCAUUACGUUUAUAAAUGACGCAAUGUUAUUUAAUAUUAACAAUACGGAAGAAAAAUCAUGUGCCUCACGGCUUUUCUGUAUUAUAUAUAUAUAUAGAUAUGCCUUUAAGAAUUGUCAAAUAUAUGGUCUAAAAAUAUUUA